GAACAGAUUAGAUGCAUAAGCAACCUAAAAGAAGAGAAAAAUGAGUACGGCUAAGUUCAUCAAGUGUGUGACCGUGGGCGACGGCGCCGUCGGGAAGACUUGCAUGCUCAUUUCUUACACGAGUAAUACUUUCCCAACGGAUUAUGUUCCGACUGUGUUCGACAACUUUAGCGCCAACGUCGUCGUCGAUGGAAACACAGUCAACAUUGGCCUAUGGGAUACCGCAGGGCAAGAAGAGUUUUUACUUGCAUUUUCUCUCAUCAGCAAAGCUAGCUAUGAGAACAUAUACAAGAAAUGGAUUCCAGAGUUAAGGCACUAUUCUCCAACUAUGCCUAUUGUGCUUGUUGGAACCAAAAUGGAUUUGAGAGAAGAUAAGCAAUUUCUAAUCAACCAUCCAGCUGCUCAUCCAAUAACAAAUGCGCAGGGAGAAGAACUGAAGAAGAUGAUCGGAGCAGUAGCUUAUAUAGAGUGUAGUGCAAAAACUCAACAGAACGUGAAAGAUGUGUUUGACACUGAUGGGGUACGAACUAAACCCUAAUGGCAAGCCCAAUAACAGUGACGGCCCAUCAGCCCAGAGCCCAAGAAAGAGUAUCUGUUCGGCACCAAAGAGUUCGGCACGACCAAAGAGUUCGG